CCUCAAUGAAACGCCUUCAAACGGGGCGCACAUUUGUAACUUAGAAACUUCAUCACAUUUAUCAACAACUUACACAAUAUACCUUUGAAAUGUACGAAAAAUGUCACAGAAAUAUGACCCAAACACUUUAUGGGUGGCGAUUAGUGAAUGCAGCGAGGGAAACCUGUUCAACGUUUACCCCGAGCUACUGGCUCAGCUGUUGCUGCAGGAGGAAGCAGCAAGACAAGAAGGCGAUACUAGUGAAGCAGAAAAGCUUGUCCUUCCAAGCGACAAAGAAUGGAGGCUACAGCAAUAUUUUUAUCUGGUCGACAUGCAAAAAACAUUGGAAUUGGAAAUGGAAGAGGAUGGCGAUAAAACCGAAAAACCUAUGGAGGAUCCACCGGAGGAGUGGGCGCCGUGGAAGUUGGUGGUGUCCGUCAAGAACCCCAAUGCACCGCCGCCGGUCGCUAUCAAAACUACUCCCGGACCCGCAUGGGACAUCGGACAGGUUCUGAAAGCGGGUCAUCUGCUGUGUAAACCACCGAUGAAAGUGAACUUUGGGGAUGAACAGGAAAUGAGAUGCGUCUAUUCUCUCAUCUACGACAUAUUUAGAUAUAAAACUAUUUUAGAACAGGCCAUUGAAGAUGUCGAUUUCUUUGGGGACUAUCCAGAAUUCGCAAAUCAUCGACACGCAGUCUGGUUAUUUCUAAUGGAGCUUGCUAGACGACGGUGGGGCGCAAGAGCAAGGACAGAACUUGAGAGAGCCACUCGCCUACUGAACGAGUACGGAUAUCCAUUCAAAGAAAUUGAAAAUACAAUUUGGAACCAAAGAGUGCACUUUGCUGCUGCCAUCGCGAGAAUACGAAUCAAGAAUAAAGCAUUUUCGUUGUCAGAUUUACUGCCGCCUCAUUUACGCGAGGAACGUAUAUCGGCGUGCGUUAAUAAAGAAACUGUCACGGGCUGGGUGAAUACCUUCAAGGCUAAAAAAGUAGCAUUGUUUGUAAAAAGACUUCACGAAUUGGGUUAUUCGUAUAGCAAUUCUCGUCAGCUUUGUGCCGGAGAGUAUAGAUUUGAUCGCGUGUGUCCAAGGUUUAUUACACUACGUCCGCCGGAAAGCAUUAGCAUCGGUCAACUGGAUUUGGUCAAAGAAGGAGUUAUAGUGCUACAGGAACGUGAAUUCUGCGAGGGUGCAUCGACGCUGUGCAGGGCUCUUCGAGCAAAUUCGUUGCGUGGAGUUGUGGCCCAGACGCAUGCGUCGUCACCUCGGUGUUCAGCGUACCUGGCUGCGCAGCUUCGGGAGCUAGCUGCUGUGUUAAAAGCCACGUUGCCUACCGCACCAGCUACCCCCGAGUUGGGCAAAUUGGUCGUAUUCGGCGCUGGGGAUAAAGUGGAGAGCUACGUGUGUGCACUUCGAGAGCUCGGUAUAGAAGCGUCCGAGCUACUGCAUUCGGGUGCGGCGGUACGCGUGCUAAGCGAGGCGGUCCACUGCGACACACCGUCUGUGGCCAGCGCACUCGACGGCGUCGUGGCCGCGCUCGCCACGCCGCCCAACUCCUACUCCGCGGUCACUGACCCCAUUGAUCUGGUCUGCGGACGAGGUGGCGAUUUAGCCAUGCUUGAGGUCUUGACAGAGUCCGAGAUAGAUGCCCAAGGCAAAGCUCGAGUACAAUCUAUCCUUGAAGAACAAAAAAAGACACUUAAAGUUCUGUUAUCUAAACCUCAAAUUCAGUUGGUACUGUAUGAAACACAUUCAGCUUUAGAGGCGGAGAACCAAGCGCAAGUGACAAGAGCCGUCGCCGAAGCAAAUCGUCUCGCGAGAGAACGACAUACGUUGCUUAAAAAGAAGAACAAAGAACGUCCACAUAGUCCAAAGAAAGACGUUGAAGCUGUCGAUUCAUCAACUACUUUGGAGAAUACGUUAUCUCGAUCGGACUUAGAUAAAGACGGCCAAGAUGAUACUUCAUCCUCCAAGAGACCUCCAUCAGAUUCUCCACCUUCUACAACCAGAACAAAAACAGAGAUAAAUGAUGAUACGGUACUAAAGAAACAAGCAAACAAUGUAGACGUGGCCUCUAGACCGGGCACUACUAGAACAAGACCUAUUCCCGAAAUGAUAGACAAUGACCAAUUUCCAAGAGACCCGGACAAAGAUAAUCCUGAUGUAUAUGUGCCAAGCUGUGAUUUAUUUGAAAUAAGGAAUCUGCCAAAUCUGGGGAACGGACUGGAUAUUAAUUACAUUCUGGAUAGAGACGGUUGCUACCUCGGUCUAAUUCAAAGAAAGGAGAUCACCCGGCUCGACGCUAAGUAUAUGAUCCGUGUGGCGGAGGAGCGCGGUCUCUUCGGACCAUCACAGCAACCGCCGUCGACACGACGCAAACGUGAAACGGCGGCCACUCCACUACGGCGCCGGAAAAAAGCCAAUGGAUUUGAGUUGGAGCGUGUAGCGGCACCGACGUAUGCAUCGCUGUCACGGUCGUCGCGACGUGGUAGUGCACCUGCGUGCGUGGGCCACGGCUGUGCGCUCGAGCAUGAGCACGAGCACGAAUGCGAACAAGAGCACUGCCACGAGUAUCAGCAUGACAACGAGUUGAAACGCGUGUGCUCGCGACACUUGCGCCGACAAGCCGCUGCCGCUGCGCACUCUGCUGCCGCCUGCACUUGCGACGCGAGGCACAGACUCCAGAAGCGGCGUGCAUCAGCGUGUGCAUCGUCGCCACCACGGGCGCCGUCGCCACCGUGCCGCCGCCCGUUCCCGCUCGUAGUGCACGACCUGCGGCUAAAAGCCGUCGCGCCCCACAAAAUCCUCGCCUGAUGUAUCUCGCCCGUAAUCACUCUCCCUCUGAAGUAACAAAUGAAUCAUUUUACCAAACACUAGCCUCCUAAACAGGUAAAAUAAUCUUUUCUAUUCCUGAUUAAGACUAGUUCAAAGAAGAAAUUAAUACAUAUAGAACAAUUUAAAAUAAUCCUUAAUAUUUUGACGCUCGAAUACUGUACGUUCAUCCAGAGGAAGAAUAACGAAUUCCAUCCACGCGUGUCAUGAUCACUUUAACUAUUAUUAUUUAUAUAAUAAACAUAGCCCUUUAGAAUCCACUUGUUAUCCACGCAACGUAGUUUGAUUAAUUUACAUGUUUACGCUAUCAUAGACAUGAUAUAGAAAGAGCACGUUCAACAUCUCGUUCUUUUUCAUGCGUACAGUGACGUAAAUAUAUCCUAACAAAUAAAUUCGACUCUUGUCAGCUAAGUUAAAUGUGCUAAGUUAAGCCCUGCAGAGCUUAACUUAGCACAUUUAUAAUUUGUACGUUCUAUUAUUCCUCUUAUACCUAUUUGAGAGAUGAACAUGCUUUCAAAAUUUUUAUCUAUUUACAUCACGGAUCUGAUACCCUGGCCAGUCGCCUGAUUUUCCCUUCCCUGAACUAAAUAUAAAUACGAACAAUCUAGUGAGUAAACUAGCAUCAUCCAUAUGUGCUUGUGUUUCUGUAAAUAAUAUGAAAAUGUAAUAUAACAACAAAUCCAUUACUAAUUUAUGAAAAUAUAAUUGUAAUAUAGUCAUUACAAACAAUGUUUAGCAAUAGAGCUUUAAACAGUUCUUAGCGGUAAAAAGUUCCUAAUGUUUUGGGUAUUAUUUUCAUCG